UCUCAACGUCAAAUACUAGAAACAAAUUAAAACACAACAUACAAAACAUAUAAUAUACAAUGUUUAGCAAUAGUUUAGCUGAUUAUCAGUUCUUAACGCCCGCAUUUAAGCUUGGCCAAUUCAACGCUGUAUACAAGGCUAAUUAUUUGCCAAACAAUCGCGUAAUUGUUGUCAAAAAAUACUCGCUGGAACAGAAAGACGCUGAACUAAAGAAACUAUUUACCGAGAUACAACGCUGUCGUCAAUUUAAGCACACAAAUAUAAUACAAAUACUGCAUAGUUUUAUAGGAGAUAGUGAUGUAUUUGUGCUGUAUCCGUUUAUGAACUUUGGCACGUGCCAAGUGCUCCUCGAGAGCGCAUUCCCAAUGGGAUUUCCAGAGCCACUGAUAGCAUUGAUAUUUAAGGAUAUACUAGCGGCACUGCUUUACAUACACAACAAUUACUUUGUGCAUGGCGCAAUUAGAGCCAGCCAUAUACUAUUAGACAGCCACAAGGCAGUGCUAUCAAACUUUCGGGAAUGCCGCAGUUUUAUUCAACAUGGUCGCAAGAAAUCUGUGCUGCAUGAGGUCUCGCUGGAGGCUAACCUCAACUGGGCAGCUCCCGAGGUGCUGGACCAGAACAUUCAUGGCUACACAGAGAAGAGUGACAUCUAUUCGGUGGGCAUCACUGCCUGCGAGCUGGCCAAUGGCAUUCAACCGUAUUUGGAGACGCAGCCCACACUUAUGUAUACGGAGAAAAUACGCGGCAAUGUGCCCUCGCUACUAGACAGAUCCACUUACCCCAUGCUGUUGGAUGAUCAGGGCAAAAUGCCGUUUCAGAAUGCCACCACAAGGCGUGCCUAUGAGAUAUACAGCCAGCGUGUGUUAUCCGAUGAGUUCCAUCAGUUUACAGAGAUUUGCUUGAACGGCAGUCCGGAGAACCGCUGGAGUGCCAAGAAGCUAAUGACGCAUGCAUUCUUUAAGCAGUGUCGCCACAGUUGCAUUGCCGAUCACAUCAAGAAAUGUCGCUACGAGCUGGAGGAUAAUGGUGGACAGGAAUGCGUAGAGCAGGAAGAGCUGUCAGCUCAGUCGUAUCCAGCCGAAGUACAAUGGAGUUUUUAAUGUUAUUAAUAACUUAUUAAGAAUAAAUUUACAAAAAUUAUAACUUA